AUGGCUCCUUGCUUUUCCAACCAACAAAAAAUCGGUUUAGCGUUAACGUUUCUGUGCUUGAGCGAAGAUGAAAAAAAAAGAAAAAAAAGAAAAUGGAUGAAAUUGUGGCUGAAAGAGCGCAUUACUUUAAACCAUCUCAAUAUUUUAAGGAUUCUUGAUUCUGAAGACUUUCGGAAUUUUCUAAGAAUGGAUCAAGAUACUUUUAAUGAAUUACUUGAGAUGGUGCGUCCAAUGAUUACAAAAAAAAAUACAGUUAUGCGUCAAGCCGUGUCUGCUGAAGAACGAUUAAUAGCUACAUUAAGAUUUUUGGCUACGGGAAGAAGUUAUAAAGAUCUGAGAUUUAGUACAGUUACAUCAUUUCAAUUGCUUUCAAAAAUUAUACCUGAAACUUGUUGGGCAAUAUACAAGGCUUUAAAGAAAACAAUCAAGUUACCUUCAUCGAAAUAUGAAUGGGACAUGGCUGCGAAAUCUUUUCAAGAACAAUGGCAAUUUCACAACUGUGUAGGUUGCAUGGAUGGUAAGCAUAUUAUAAUCGAAAAACCAUCCGGAACGGGAUCAUUGUUCUACAACUAUAAGGGUACAUUUAGUGUGGUGUUGUUUGCAAUUGUCAAUGCAAACUACGAAUUCAUUUAUGUUCAUACGGGUUCAAAUGGAAGUAUGUCAGAUGGAGGAAUACUCAAAUCCACCAGGUUCUAUGAAAAACUUAUCAACGAUGACCUUAAGUUGUCAGAAUCAUUUAUACUGCCAGGUACAAACUUAACAGUACCGUAUGUUUUUUUAGGAGAUAGUGCAUUUGCACUUGAAACAAAUAUAAUGAAACCAUUCCCCGAUAAGAACAUCAGUAAGGAAAAAAGAAUAUUCAAUUAUCGUCUAUGCCGAGCUAGAAGAGUUGUUGAAAAUGCUUUCGGCAUUCUUGCUUCACGUUUCAGAGUAUUUAGGCAACCAAUUAGUGUUAAAAUUGAAAAUCUGGAUGCAAUUGUUCUAGCCAGUUGUGCGUUACAUAACUUUCUAAGACAAAAGUCGAAAAUUUAUUGGACCCCUUCAAGUGUUGACUAUGAAGACUUACAACAUCAAAUAUUUAGAACUGGAGACUGGCGACAACAAGGUGCCCUAACCCCUCUUCAUCGAACUGGUGAAAGGAAUACUUAUGAGGGGCAGCAAGUGAGAAAAACCUUAAUGGAUUAUUUUAAUACAAGUGGCAAAGUAUGCUUUCAAGAAAAAAUGGUUGAAAUAGUCAUGGAAACAAGAGAAUAA